AUGUCCAUUGCAAGUGCAGCAGUGAAUUAUAAAAUCCCUUCAUCAACUUUACAACGUUAUGUACAAAAAAAACAAAGGGAUGAGAAUUUUGUUGUUGAAAAGCAUUUGGGACGUUUUAGAACAGUAUUUACAAUGGAACAAGAAGCUGAAAUAGUUUCAUAUUUGACUGCAAUGGAGGCAAAGCUCUUUGGCAUGACAAUUUUCGAUCUUCGAGAAAUUGCUUUCCAACUAGCGGAGAAAAAUAACAUUGACCAUCCUUUCAAGGAGACGGCAGCUGGUUUAGAUUGGGCUUAUGGAUUCAUGAAAAGAAACCCGUCACUGAGUUUAAGAACUCCUGAAGCGACAUCGGCCGCGCGUGCCAUGGGGUUUAAUAAAGUCGUCGUUGCCAAUUUUUUUAAGCUACUAGAGGAGACUAUAACGAACAAUGAAAUCACCCCAGAUCGCAUUUAUAAUUGCGAUGAAACGGGAUUUACAGUAAAUCCUAAAGCCCAAUCCAAGAUUAUUGCAAAGAAAGGCCGUCGUCAAGUCGGUGCAAUAACGUCUGCUGAAAGAGGGCAGACGGUAACUGCUGAAAUUUGCUUUUCAGCAGCUGGUGUUUUUGUUCCUCCAAUGUUGAUAUUUCCAAGAGUUAGAAUGCAGAACGAAUUUGAGAUUGGUCUCCCUCCAUCAGCAUUUGCAGUUUCUCAUGAAAGCGGGUGGAUGACCAAAGAAUUGUUCGUUGUUUGGUUUAAAAAAUUUAUCGCAUUCUCCGGCGCUUCACACAGUCGCAAAGUGCUUCUUCUGUUUGAUGGUCACUCCACUCACACAAAGAACCUGGAAUUAAUUGAUUUAGCACGAGAAAAUGGAGUCAUACUUUUGUGCUUUCCACCACAUUGCUCACACAAGCUUCAGCCUGGAGAUGUUUCUUUUAUGAAGCCGUUAAUGACAUACUACGCUGAUGAAACUCGAAAAUUUUUACGCACUAAUCCUGGAAAAGUCGUAACUAUUCGCCAAAUUGCUCCCCUUUUCGGUGCAGCAUUUAUUCGAGCUGCAACUACGUCUACGGCUUUGAAUGGAUUUAAAAAAACCGGCAUUUGGCCCCUAGAUCCGAAUAUUUUUACCGACAUUGACUUUAUGCCUUCGACAACCACGGACAUCGAAAUCUUGGAAUCUUCAACGUCCAAUAAUGAUGAAGAAUUGCCAACACCCGUACCUGGCUCAUCGACAAGCUCGUCAUUUGGCGAAAAAACCCUACAAGAGAUUAUGCCAAUUCCGAAAGUGCAAGCACAGUCAGCUCCAAGAGCGUCCCGAAAAAGAGGUGCCACAGCAAUCCUGACGUUAUCUCCAUAUAGACAGUCUCUUCAGGAAACUGAAGACUCAAAAAAAGCGAAACAAGAGAAGAAACUGCAAAGAGAAUCUAAAUUGAAGCAUCAGGCAAAAGAAAAAUGCCGCAAAUCCUCGCGCAAGCUAUAG